AUGCUCACCACGGCGCCUCGUCUGCGCAUCCGCCGCCCUUCUCCUACAACCGCCGAAUACACCGUCACCACUCUUCCGCCUCAGACGCUGCCUCUGCGCCUCUUAUGGCUCCUCCUCCUCUUCUUACGAAUAUUUCUCUCCCUCAUCACGCUGCUCGUCAUCUAUGCGCGAUGGGUCCAAGAGCGUAGCUCCUUUGGCGCAGCACCAACGCUCUUUUCACCUUCGUCUCUCCCGCCGCUACUCUCCCUCGACCGCAUAAUAUUCCUCCUCGAUACAUUCCAGGAUACUCCCGGCGGCAAGCUCCUCGCUCGUAUUGCCGCUUCGAUAAAACUGCCCGUGCUUGUCCCCGUUGCGGCGGCGGUCUUUUACGCGCUCAGCCUGCGGGUGCACAAGGAGGAGAGUUUGCUGGUGCUGCGCGGGCUGGGCGUGCAGACGAGCGAGAGCCCGACGACGUAUCUGGCCAGCGCGGCGACGCGAUUUAUUCCGACGGAGAAGAUUCAGGAUAUCUUCGUGAACGAGGCGUUUCGGGGCUUUGAGGUGCGGUAUUACCUCGUUGUGGUGGUGGAGGGGGAGGAGGAUGUCGUGGUGGUGUUUCCGGGUUUGUUGCCCAAGAGGAAGAUUGUCGAGACGGUGUGGAGGGGUGUGAGGGAGUGUUUAUACGAGGGGAGGGGAGAGGAUAGUAGAGUGGUGGCUAACGAGAAAUGA